UGCACCCGGGAAGAAAAGCACCCGACCACUGCGAGAGGCCAUGGAUACGGUCAGCUCCACCACCAUGUCGACCACCCCAAAUGGCUGGGACGUGUUUCCCCAACAGACCCUGCAGGCUGCAGAUAUCAUCAUCUUGGUUCUGUACUUCGUGUUCGUUUUGGCGGUUGGACUGUGGUCCAUGUGGAAGACGAAGCGCAGUACCGUGAAAGGUUACUUCCUGGCUGGAGGGAAGAUGGUGUGGUGGCCGGUGGGAGCGUCCCUGUUUGCAAGCAACGUCGGCAGCGGGCAUUUCAUUGGCUUGGCAGGUUCUGGGGCAGCCUCUGGAAUCGCAGCUACAGCCUAUGAGUGGAACGGCAUGUUCUGUGUUCUGGUGCUGGCGUGGCUGUUCCUUCCCAUCUACAUGGCUGCAGGGGUCACAACCAUGCCAGAAUACUUAAAGAAACGGUUUGGGGGCAAAAGGAUACAGAUCUUCCUAGCGAUUCUCUACUUGUUUAUCUAUAUAUUCACCAAAAUCUCAGUGGACAUAUAUGCUGGGGCCCUCUUCAUCCAGCAGGCCUUGCACUGGGACCUCUACGUGGCUGUUAGUGGCUUGCUGCUGAUCACGGCGGUUUAUACAGUGGCAGGUGGCCUGGCGGCUGUGAUCUACACGGACACCCUGCAGACGGGCAUCAUGCUGGCCGGCGCUCUCACCCUCAUGGGCUUCAGCUUUGCCAAAGUUGGAGGGCUGGAAGACCUGCAGAACAGAUACUUCAAGGCCAUUGCCAGCAGCCACCAGGGAAACAGCAGCUGCGGACUGCCCAGAGAAGACGCCUUUCGCAUAUUCCGGGACCCCGUGACCUCUGACCUCCCAUGGCCAGGGGUCCUGGUGGGAAUGACCAUCCCCUCACUGUGGUACUGGUGCACAGACCAGGUCAUUGUUCAGAGGUCGUUGGCAGCCAAGUCCCUCUCUCACGCCAAGGGCGGGUCCUUGCUGGCCUCCUACCUGAAGGUCCUGCCUCUUUUCAUGAUGGUUUUCCCGGGCAUGAUCAGCCGCAUCCUCUAUCCAGAUCUGGUGGCCUGUGCCGACCCGGAAACCUGCAGACGAAUCUGCGGCAACCCUUCUGGAUGUUCUGACAUCGCUUAUCCGAAACUCGUCAUCGAACUUCUGCCAAUUGGGCUCAGGGGGCUCAUGAUGGCCGUCAUGAUCGCGGCGUUGAUGUCCUCCUUAACCUCCAUCUUCAACAGCGCCAGCACCAUUUUCACCAUGGACCUCUGGCGGCAUUUCAGGCCUCUGUCUUCAGAAUGGGAACUGAUGAUCGUUGGCAGGGUGUUUGUGCUGGUGCUGGUGGUGGUCUCCAUCCUCUGGAUCCCGCUGGUGCAGGCCAGCCAGGGUGGGCAGCUCUUCAUCUACAUCCAGACCAUCAGCUCUUACCUGCAGCCCCCCGUGGCCAUCGUCUUCAUCUUGGGCUGCUUCUGGAGGAGGACAAACGAAAAGGGUGCAUUCAGUGGCCUGUUAGUUGGAAUGGUGAUAGGCCUCAUCCGGAUGGUGCUGGAUUUUGUCUACCUGAUGCCGCGGUGCGAUGAGCCAGACAGCCGGCCAGCCGUGGUGAAAUACGUUCACUAUCUCUACUUCUCUAUCAUCCUGUCGGUCAUCACGCUGGUCGUGGUGGUGACAGUCAGCCUCUUGACAGAGCCCCCUCCAGAGCAAAUGGUUAGCCGUCUGACGUGGUUCACCCGCAAGGACAUCCCAGCAGCGAAGGACCCCGCAGGCACCAGAAUCCCCCUGCCCAAAUCUACCACAGGAACCCACCCGGUUCCCCCUCCUCUGGCGCUGCAGCUCACCAUGAUUGACGGCCCAGAAAUCGUCGGGAAAGACAAGACAAGUCCUUUGGAGGGCAAGAAGGCCUCUAAACUGAUGAGACUCUUUCUGUGGGUCUGUGGGAUGGACCACAGGGAAAAAGACACUUUUGGAGUACCUGCAGCUCCCAAAAUGGAAGCCGCCGUGGCUCCGCCAAAAGAAGCGCCGUGGGUCAAGCACAUCCUCAACAUCAACUUGAUUCUGUGCCUCAGCGCUGGAGUCUUCCUCUGGGCCUACUUUGCGUAGCGCUCGGCCCUCAGCCCACUGAAGACAGAUGGCGAUGGGGAGCCGUGGGAGUCUGUUGCCGUAGGAAAGAGCAAGACUCAGGAGCACCUUCAAGGCUAACAAAGUUUGUAGCCUCAGGGGAGGAUCUUUCACAAGUCACUGCCCACUGGAGUGACUCAACGAAAGCUCCUCUCCUGCCGCAACUUUUGUUAGUCUUGAAGGUGCUGCUGGAGCCUGGCUCUUUUCUACUCCAUUUCAGAGAGACCGUUGAUACUCACCGGGGGCUCAAAUAUGAACGACUGGCUGUGAACUUUUAUAUAAUGAUUCUGUAAAACAUGUGAUCUGUUUCUUUCAUCCUGGAGAAAAGAAAGGCUUAUGUUUCUUUGGCGCACUUGUGGAGCUCAAGGACGACAGAGUCUAGCACAACUUCAGUGAAGUCAUGGGCCAGGGGCUGUGAAAGCUUCGCCUGGUAGAAAAGUAUGCUCUUGUUGACGUGCCCCUUUUUAAUGGCCUGGCCUUAAGAACCACCAGUUGUGCCUCUGUCUUGAACAUCGCGAUGCUUUGGCUUCAGCAUCUGUGCCGUUCAGGCAGCGUGAUUCCCUGUUUCAAAGGAGAUACUGGGUGAGGCCUCAGGUGUUUCUGGGGAAUGGGAAAUCUUUGCUUAGCUUCCAGUCCUCUCAGGCCCCAGCAUGCAUUGCCUCACUGUCUUGUCUCUGAUUAAAGAGGAUGUGGGAGACUGGCUUCAGCAUGCGCUGUUCUACGCACCCAACUCACAGGGCAACAAUGACAGUGUUGUGUUCUGUGCCCCCUCCCUUUCACGGAUAGCUGCUUUGUGGACAUUUAAGUUCACUAUUAAAACACUGAACUGGAGACAUUCCUGCCCAGAUAUGCCCUGAAUUGCAAAUUCAGACUGGUUCAAAACUCAACAGACUUCCAUGGCAUUCCUCGAAGAAAGAAUCUGUCAAUUUUAGGCUUUUGAGGGGGGAAAGUGCUUUGCUAGAUCAGACUGAGUUCUGUGAUUCUACUAUUCUGUGUCAAACAGAAACAUUACCUCUGGCGAUGAGACGCAAGCAGCUAACCGUCAGAGCUAUUAACUGUCCUCUGGAUAUUUAUUUAUUCAUUAUUUAUUAAACAUUUUCUGCCCUGCCUUUCUUCUUGGGAACCCCAGGCUGCUGAUAGGACUCUGCACGAGGUGCUUAACAACCUUAAACGCAACCACAGCGAUGACAUUAAUGGAAACGUAAUCACAAGACAGAUCCACAAAGAUGUCUCCGACACAGCUGGCCUUCCAUAAAGAAGCACCCUCUGAAAAUUAAUUGCUCUACAGCUAUGUGGUUUCUUUUUUAAGUUGACGAAGGUAGAGUCCACCUCAGUUUCUUAAGAGGAAGAACAGGAAAGAAAACCUGAGCUCUGGCAAUAGCAGAGCAAAAAAAUCUUGAGGAAAAGUAAGAAUGGAAGCUUUGUUUGGCAACCUUGGGCAAGAGCCCAGAAAGGCUACCUGGUUGGUUGGGAGCCAUGCCAGUUCACCAGGCUUGAAACUGGUUUGUCUUGGCCGUGUAGACAUGCCAAAAAAUCUCACAGUUGCACUGAGAGUCAAAUAAUAUAUUUCCCUUUGUGCCCCGUCUGUAUAUAUUCACCAAUGGUUUUUGAUGGACAAGUGUUUAUAAUGUACAGCUUUUUAUUUCUCUUCAGUGGUGUUCAGAUAACACCGCUGUAAGUAGCAGAACUAACCUAGGGUGCUAAUGAAAAAGGGCCAAGGCUUUUCCCCCUCGGAAGGUGAGAGGCCGAAACCUUCAGCAAGGUGAGAAACCGUGGCACAGCUCUGGGAAUGAGAAAGAAAAGGGGCAUUUUCUAAAAGGUGCAAAGUCAAUGGGAGCACUUCCCAAAAACUCACCUGGGUGUGUUACAUUUGCAACCGUUCCGUUUUGUUAAGGGAAGCAGAGAUAAUAGAAGGAUUUUCAUGCAUACAAGCAGAAAGUAUAUUUUGAGGGUCUUUUUCUGUGUAUUAAACCAACAGAAAGUAUUUUAUAAGCAAUGUAAUGUAUUUCCUUGGUUAUUUUUUUCCUCUAGAAUGUCAAUAAGGAUGUUUUUAUUUAUUGUUCUGACUGGAACCAGGCACUGGUGGGAAGAUGCCUCAAUUUAUCUGUGCUGCUACAUGCUUUGUUGGUCAGUUUUCAAGAGAGGAUUGGAUAAACAUCUGGAGCAGAGGUCCAUCAGUGGCUAUUAGCCACAGCGUAUUGUUGGAACUCUGUCUGGGGCAAGUGAUAUUCUGUAUUCUUGGUACUUGGGAGGGACAACAGUGUGAGGACUUCUAGUGUCCUGGCCCCUCUGGUGACCUCCUGAUGGCACCUGGUUUCUUUGGCCACUGGUGACACAAAGAGUGUUGGACUGGAAGGGCCAUUGGCUUGAUCCAACAUGGCUUCUCUUAUGUUCUUAUGUUCCUCACAGCAGAAUAACUGGACUAACCCAGUGCUCUCUUUCCUUAUGAUGCAGAAAAGGGUAGGCCCAAUCCCCAGGGGUUUUUCUCCUGUGCUUGUCUCGCAACAACGCUCAGGAUUCGUGCAGGAGAAAUUCCUGAGAUUGGGUUUAUAAUCUUUCAAGCUCAGUGGUGUGGUUCUCUGAGCAGUGCCGGAGAAGCGCAGCCCGAAUGGUAAACCUAGCGCUGACAAACUGACAAUAAAGUGGUUUAGAAAA